CUCCUUCCUCUGACUCUUUCCAGCUUUCAAAUGGGGGUCACUGACCCCAUCUAAAAAAUAAAUACUCCUCACCUUUACUUUUGGGUAAGAUAUUACCCUUCACCUUUAUUUUUGGUAAGAUAUUACCCCUCAUUUUAUUUUUGGGCAAGAUGUUACCCCUCACUUUUACUUUUGGGCAAGAUAUUACGGUACUCCUCACCUUUAUUUUUGGGAAAGAUAUUACCCCUCAUUUUAUUUUUGGGCAAGAUGUUACCCCUCACCUUUAUUUUUGGGCAAUAUAUUACCCCUCACUUUUACUUUUGGCAAGAUAUUACCCGUCACCUUUAUUUUUGGGCAAGAUAUUGCCCCUCAUUUUAUUUUUGGGCAAGAUGUUACCCCUCACCUUUAUUUUUGGGUAAGAUAUUACCCCUCACCUUUAUUUUUGGGCAAUAUAUUACCCCUCAUUUUAUUUUUGGUCAAGAUGUUACCCCUCACUUUUACUUUUGGGCAAGAUAUUACCCCUCAUUUUAUUUUUGGGCAAGAAGUUACCCCUCACCUUUAUUUUUGGGCAAGAUGUUACCCUUCACCUUUAUUUUUGGGUAAGAUAUUACCCCUCACCUUUAUUUUUGGGCAAGAUAUUAUCCCUCACCUUUAUUUCUGGGCAAGAUAUUACCCCUCAUUUUAUUUUUGAGCAAGAUGUUACCCCUCACUUUUACUUUUGAGCAAGAUAUUACCCCUCACCUUUAUUUCUGGGCAAGAUAUUACCCCUCACUUUUAUUUUUGGGCAAAAUGUUACCCCUCAUCAAGCCCCAUGCUGAUACACCAUUUCUUGUCUAUGCAGAUAAGCAAGGCCGGACGGUGGCGUCUGAAAAGGGAAAAUAAAACUGCCUGGAAACUCCUAUGGGGGAGAUACCCCCGGGGCAAUUAGAUAUGGAUUUUCAUUUGAUCACAGGGCACCGUCUAUAUAUUCCUGGCAACAUGGAGGCAAAAUUAUUUCAUGACGAUCAACAUGACAAGCUGGGUGGUGCAACUGCUGAAGACGCCUCUUGUGUGUGUCUUUCUCCUGAUAAUGCUGAGCCCCAGGGGACUGGCACUUGAGUGUAACGCUGUUUACAGAACCCAACGGCAAAUGAACAAGGAGGCGCUGAAACUUCUGGCAAAUAUGACACAAACCCUUCACCCUGACUGCCAGCAGGAACAGCAGCACUUUGUGUUCCCGGAUUUUCUGCACAAUAUCACAAAGGUGCCGGAGGGGAUAUUCCGUGCCAUUGUGAUUCACACGUACAGGAUCAUCGCCAGCGAUAUGGGCAGGACUGUGGUCGAUGCACAGACUAGAACUGCACUUUCUAAACUGCAGGUGUUGCUCCUGAGGAUGGAGAUGCUGUGGUCUGAAUGUUUGCAGGUAAGUAGGAGUUCAGCAGCCUCCCGACUACGUGUUCCGGAGCUCCACCAGGCAGUCCUCCGCUAUUUCUACAGCUUGAAGCAGUUCUUAAAGGCAAAGGAAUUCAGUGCAUGCGGCUGGGAUGCAGUGAGAGCAGAAGUUGGACAAAUCAUGGUUUUUGUGACCCGGUAUACGGACUUCUUAGCUAUCAGAGAAAUGCAGAAUAUCUGAACAAAUCCUUAUAUUACUUCCACUGGGGGUGUCACAUUUAGUAACGUGUAUGGUAGCUAUGAGCCAGACCCAUAGCAACCAACUGGCAGCUAGCUGCCAUUGUUCUAGUGCAAAUGUGAGAUUGCAUGCUAUAGGUUGCCCUGUACCUCUCUGCUUCUGCCUUGUCCUAGGAAUAAAGUGUAUAAAAUACAGGGUUCACAGAUACAAGUGAGUCCUAAAGUAUAUGCCUUCCCUGUGGGUUUUUUUUGCUACGCAGAAGUCUUCUAACAGGGGGACUAGUGCUUAAAAUUUCUCCUUAUAUAAUAAGUGCUUAGGAAAUGAGAAAAGAUCAAAGACGCCCUCUAGUGGGGACAUUGUGGUAUAGACAGUGCUGAGAAUUUCUUGCGUUUAAAGCUUUGAGCAAACGACUUGCUCAGCAUCAUUCUUGCCUUAGUCAGCUGGCUUUAAUGUAAGCAUUAUUACUUUUUAUAUUAUUCGUGAAUUGUUACGUUAUUAUA